GAUACCCUCUAGGUAUAAAGAAUCGUUGGCCCAAACUUGUUCUUUUUGUCAUUUGCUUUCGUAUCAAAUUUAACCAGAAAAAUAGCUGUUAUUUUCAAACCGCUGUUUCAAAUUGUCUGAUAAAGUUUUGUAUGCAAAGUCGAAGUGAUUAAGCACAUCAGUAGCACACAGACGAUCAAAGACAUUUAUUGCCUCGUAAUUUCUCCGACAUUGCAAACGCAUCUUCAAAUCACAGACAGCACAACGAGGUGCUCAAAUAAAACAGUCGGACUCACAUUUUUGUUGCUUGGGCCUAUCCUACCAAUAUCUCCCAAAUACCAGUUAAUUUUUAAAAUAUGGAAUUGAAAGUUGCUCAAGUGAAUAAUGUGUUUAACAUUCAAGUGCCAUUUUUAACUACUCUGAGGUCACCAAAAUCAGAGUCAUACCAUUCAUAUCUGUGGUCACCUCCAUUUUCAGCGAAAGAAACUCCAAAUUAUCUAUGGAAACUGCAACUGAUUGACAAGGUUACCACGUUAGGAAUUUAUGUGGUCCACAUUAAUACAGAGGGAGAAUGCAUAAAUAUUGUCAACCCAGUUUUAGUGAAGCUAUCAAUUGCAAACCAAAAAGGAGAGAAGAUUCACCAGCAAGUAAUGUCAUCAAAGCCAGGUGUGUAUGAGGUUCCAUUCAAAUUAACCAAAGAAGAAAUCCUGAACUCUGACUGCCAACAAGCGAAUGGGAGCCUCACUUUUCACUGUGAGAUUCUAUCUUACUUCAAUGAAGAAUCUACUGUAAUGGACGAGGCUGAAACUGCACACCCCCUACCAGUUAUUUGCAGUGGUCAAUUGAUUGAUCAACUAGAAGAACUAUUCGACGGCAUGCUGUUCAGCGACUUCACUUUCAACGUCCGUGGUCGCGAAUUUCAAGCUCACAAAUGUAUUUUGGCGACAAGAAGUGAAGUCUUUGCCGCCAUGUUCCAGCAUCCGACUAAAGAAAAUCUGUCGAGUCUCGUCGUCAUUGAAGAUACUGAGCCAGACGUGUUCUACGAACUUCUUCGUUUUAUUUACACCGGACGUGUGCCUUUGGACAAGAUGAACAAAUUGGCCUCUGGACUGUUGGUCGCUGCUGACAAAUAUCUACUGGAUCAACUGAAAGCCGAGUGCGAAAAACAUUUGCAUUGCCACAUGUCAGUUGACAAUUGUUUCGAGUUGCUGUUGAUCGACCAACAAUAUCCAGCCGAUCGGUUCCGGGAGGAAGCCAUCAAAUUCUUCCGGCGUCACCCAGUCGAAGUCAUGGCGUCCGACGGAUGGAAAAAGAUGAAAGAAGAGAACCCGCGUUUGUUGUGCGACAUUCAAGAAAGUUACAUUCAACAUUUGUCCAAGGCUCACUCCCUUGCUCUCUGUUAUGUCCAAAAUUCAUGGAAAUGAAAGUAUUCAGAAUUUUCUUAACUAUGCUAUGAUUACCUUCUGUAAUUUUUUUAAAUUGAAAAUAACCUUUGAAUCUUUUGAGAAUCUGCUCUACUGUGUGUAGAAUCUUAGAAUGGAGAAAAUUUGUUGAUUCAGAAUUGCAAAUACAGAAUCGAUUGCGUUGUA